GAUCUGGCCUACUUUUAUUUAAGCGCUGAGAAAAGGCAAUAUAAAUUCUUUUAUCCCAUACAGUUUUAACUAAAAUGCAUCACCAUGAACCUUUCUCCAAAUAUCAGAAAAAGUUUUCCCAAAAGAGCAAACAACAAAGGAAUCAGGCUGGUUUCGCUGACUGCUUCCUGGACUUAACAACUAUAGCAUGUCUCCAGAGGUGGGGCCUAGAGCUCCGCCCACUUUUUUGAUGUUUUCAAACAGGUCCGCAUCCAGAGAAUAUAAGCCCUGGUCUGCGACUGGCAAUCCCAGUGAGCAGCUCGAUUUUCUACUGAGUAGGAGCAGUUCCUUUAGAAUGUCUGGGCGAGGUAAAGGUGGCAAAGGGCUGGGUAAGGGAGGCGCCAAGCGCCACCGGAAGGUGCUGCGGGAUAACAUCCAAGGCAUUACAAAGCCCGCGAUUCGCCGUCUCGCCCGACGUGGGGGUGUUAAGCGCAUUUCUGGUCUCAUUUACGAGGAGACCCGGGGAGUCCUCAAAGUCUUCCUGGAGAACGUGAUCCGCGACGCGGUGACUUACACGGAGCACGCCAAGCGCAAGACCGUCACGGCCAUGGAUGUAGUGUACGCGCUGAAACGCCAGGGUCGCACUCUCUAUGGUUUCGGCGGCUAAGCUGUCCCCACAGUUUCUCUACAGACUCCAAAAGGCCCUUUUCAGGGCCCCCAAACUGUCACAGAAAGAGCUGUUAACACUUCCUAAAUAACGGGUAAAUAUCAGCCCUUUGAUGCCGCCUUCCGGAUACUGGGAAUGGGACAUUGGCGGCCCGAGCAUCUGCUUGGGAUUAGGCUUGGCGGGCGCGGGGAGAACUAGACUUAAUGGAGGGGACUCCGCCUGUACUUAGAAACGACCCUGGAGGCGCCGCGCAACGCAGUACUGACCUCCCAAAAUCCACACUGCGGAUUUUGUUUAGAGAAGUGCUUAUACGAAGCCCCAGUGUUAGAACUGGUCAUGGGCUUCUAAGCGGCCGAGUCCUUGGCCCAUAAGCACGUAUCGGAUGGCUUCCAUGUAAAUCAGGGCUUAGGUGAUUUCCUGCCGGCCUUCAGGGGUGAGCGUCACGCGUCAGAGGGCGGUUCGUGCGUGUGCAGGGCCUGCUAGGUCGCAGGAAAUGCGAGGUCGCAGCACGCCGCUACCUGCAAGCCUGAAAGCUGAAUGCAGCUCUAGUGUGGCGCGUUGUAGUCUUACUGGGUACUAUUUUACUUCAUCGCUGACGUUCUGAGGGAGAGGUGACCAAGCUCAGAUGCUGAGAUUAAGGCGGCCGGGCGAAACUCGCGGCACCCUGCGGUUCCCGUAGCCAGCUGCGUAAAGUUGCCUAGGCCGAGCGGGUGGCGUCCUGCUCAGCCACCUGGCGGCGGGCGUGGAGUUGGCAGGCAGGCAGUGGGGGUCACGCCGGCAUGAAAGGCCAGAUCACUUGCAGGUCGCCAAGUUGCCGGGAAUCCUCCACUCCGGGCAGUGUCAUGCCCAUCACAAAUGAUCCUAUCGCAGCCGGGAGGAAGGCUCCCCUGUUCCUUUUUGCUGACAUGUCACUUCUAAGUACUUUCUCCUACUCCAUAAAGACUUCAAUGUAAUCUCACAGGAAAACAUCCACCUAGUUCAGUCUCUGUGAUCCUUUGAUAUCUUCUGACAGAGCAAGUGAUGGCUCUCUAGUGAGUGACUUUGAUAAAAGCCUGUCUAUUCAAACCCCAGAAGAAACAGAACAUCGGUGGAUGAUGGAUUUGGGUUCCAAAUGGACUAUGAAUGUUGUGUCAGUCACCAACUGAAGAGACUGUUUUCAUGGACAAAUAAGGACACUUGCGAUUUUAAUUGGGCACUCACUUGCUCAGAGUGGCAAGACAAAUAGCAGGAAACAUACAACUCAGUCUAUCAACUUCAAUCAAUCCAGAUCACUUGAGAAAGCCAUUGUGUUUGAAAAAAUUACAUAUAUUCAAAAACCAUGGCCUCUUGAAGAGAAAAAAAGUCACCAUUCUGCGUUUAGCUGUAUUCAUAUAUUGCAUUUCUGUAUGUUUUGUUUGUAUUGUAAAAAAUUCACAUAAUAAGCCAUGUAGUGAUGUAAUAGAGUGUGGGGGCUUCAAUAUUCUACAGUCGAUGUACAAGAGUAGAGUAUGUUUGGGAAGAAACUUUUCAACUUGAAUUUGCCUCCUCUGUGAUGACAUCUCUUAUAUGCUUGUGCUGAUUUUCUAAUUUAAGAGAUACUAUAUCUCUGUAUUCAUUUCUAUCUCUCAUUUGUAUGCUUAUUUUUCUGAGAACAAUUUUUUUUUUUUCUAGACAGGGUCUUGCUUCGUUGCCCAGGCUGGAGUGCAGUGGCACAAACACGACUCACUGCAGCCUCAACCCUCUGGGCUCAAGCAGUCCUUCUGCCUCAGCCCCUUGAGUAGCUGGGACUGCAGGUGUGCACCACCAUGCCUGGCUAAUUUUUGUAUUUUUUGUAGAGAUGGGGUUUCAUUAUGUGGCCCAGGCCGAUCUCGAACUCCUAAGCUCAAGUGAUCCACCCACCUCAACCUCCCAAAGUUCUGGGAUUACAAGCAUGAGCCAUCAUGCCUGGCCUCUGAGAAGUUUCUAACUCAUUCAGAUUAGGUAUACUCUCAAGUCCCUGGAAACUGAAUUUUUUAACUGGAAAGAGAGUGGUGUAAUUUCUCAAGGUCAAAUGAUGUAGAUUUUAACAUAAAACAUAAUUUAAGUAUAAUUAAUGUAGCCCAGUUUAUUAUCUUGAAAUGUUUUACCCUAUUUACUUUUUAAAUUAAUGACCUAAGCAGAGGGAAUAAUUAUAAGUCAAUAGCAGAAAAAAAAAAAAACAAAAAAAAAAACCAAUGAGAGGCAGAUGCC